AUACAGGGGUGCUCCUUAUCCCAGGAACACUUAGCCGUUUCCUGUCAGCGCAUCAUCACCCUCACCAGUCCUGAUUUCUCUAGCAAAUCAUCCUUUUGUUGCUCCUCACCAUGGCGCCACGGGUUGCUAUCGUUUUUUACUCCAUGUACGGCCACAUCGAGAAAUUAGCUCGGGCGGAAUUGAAAGGAAUUCAGGCGGCCGGGGGCUAUGCCGACCUUUACCAGAUCGAAGAGACGCUGCCAGCUGAGGUUCUGGCCAAAAUGCACGCUCCCCCCAAGUCAUCUAUCCCUGUGAUCAAACCGGAGCAACUAGUCGAGUAUGAUGCGGUUCUCUUCGGUAUUCCCACGCGUUUCGGGAACUUUCCUGCGCAGUGGAGGGCUUUCUGGGAUCGCACGGGCGGCAUUUGGGCGACAGGCGGUUACUGGGGCAAGUAUGCCGGCCUGUUUGUCAGCACCGGCACCCAGGGCGGUGGUCAAGAGUCCACUGCUCUGGCGGCCAUGAGUACCCUAGCCCACCAUGGCUUCAUAUAUGUACCCCUCGGCUACAAAACGGCAUUCCCCCUCCUCACCAACCUUCAAGAGGUCCAUGGUGGAAGCGCCUGGGGUGCUGGUACUUUUAGUGUUUGUGCCUCCGCCUUCUUCCUUCUUUCGCCCGUUCACGCCACAGCUAAUAUGUCUCUUUGCUGCAGGAUGCGGAUGGAUCCCGCCAGCCUAGUGAGCUGGAGCUCUCGAUUGCCGAGACACAAGGGAGAUCGUUCUAUGAGCAUGUUUCCCGUCUCAACUCCACUUGACUAUAUGAUAGCUCGCACACAGAGACGCCAGUGGUGGGGCCAGAUCCGCCAGGUCACACAGUAUCACAAGAAGCCAUGCAGCCCAUACAGCUUCACGAAAAAACUUCGGUUUAUCGUACCAUGUCCGGAGAUACCAACGAGGGACCAUGCGGCCUCCCUAACAAAUUACAUAGCGGGCCGAGGGGAUCUAAAGUAUAACAAGCGACCCCCUGCAACAUCCAGUAAUAUAGCUAGACUAUACACAAUAGGGACGAAAAUAAGGUUAUAG